ACUUCAAUUUAAUAAACCAAUAAAAUAAAAUAAAAAUCAUAUUACACUAUACAACAGAUUCUUAAUCACCAAACAAAUCAGAAGAGAGAAAAUGGCAUCCAUCUCCGCUUCCACUCUCACACUUCUUCCUAAGAAACGUUCCACUCUUCAUGUUCAUGGGUUACAAACAACAGCAACAUGCCAAAUGGGAAAAGUGAGAUGUUCAACUGAAAAAGUUAUGAAAAGGGAGAGCAUGCCACGAUUAGUGACUACAGGUGUGUCAUCAUUGGUUGCUACAACAGUGGCUGCAACAAUGUCGAGUCCGAUAGCUGUGGCUCUAGUGGAUGAGAGAAUGAGCACGGAAGGGACUGGGCUGCCCUUUGGUCUAAGCAACAACCUUCUUGGUUGGAUAUUGUUCGGUGUGUUUGGAUUGAUAUGGACUCUUUACUUUGUCUAUACAGGAAGCCUUGACGAGGAUGAGGACUCCGGUUUAUCACUUUAGCCUGUAUUAUUUUGUAGGCAAAUUAAAUAAGUUUAUAUAUAUGUAACACUUCUUGAAUAAAAAAGCACAAUUAUAUCAAUUUAUAUAAUAAAAUACUCCGUAAAACUUAUAUUCUA